GCGGCCGCCCCUGCUAGCGGGAGCCCCGGUGCGGGCCGAGGAGGACGAGGCGGCGUCCCGGCCGCGGCGGCAGCAGCAGCAGCAGCAACAGCAGGAGGAGCCCGUGGCCGCCCCCUCCCCCCGCCGCAGCCCCGUCCUGCCCCCCCCCGCGCUCCGCAGCACCAACAUGUCGGCGCCGGCGGCCAAAGUCAGCAAGAAGGAGCUGAACUCCAACCACGAUGGGGCCGACGAGACCUCAGAAAAAGAGCAACAGGAAGCAAUUGAACAUAUUGAUGAAGUACAGAAUGAAAUAGACAGACUGAAUGAACAAGCCAGUGAGGAAAUUUUGAAAGUAGAACAGAAAUACAACAAACUCCGCCAACCAUUCUUCCAGAAGAGGUCAGAAUUGAUCGCCAAAAUCCCAAACUUCUGGGUAACAACAUUCGUCAAUCACCCACAAGUUUCUGCACUGUUGGGGGAAGAAGAUGAGGAAGCACUGCAUUAUUUGACCAGAGUGGAGGUGACAGAGUUUGAAGACAUCAAAUCAGGUUACAGAAUAGAUUUUUAUUUUGAUGAGAAUCCAUAUUUUGAAAAUAAAGUUCUCUCCAAAGAGUUUCACCUGAACGAGAGUGGUGAUCCGUCUUCAAAAUCAACUGAGAUCAAGUGGAAAUCUGGGAAAGAUCUGACAAAGCGUUCAAGCCAGACACAGAACAAGGCCAGUAGGAAGAGGCAGCAUGAAGAACCAGAAAGUUUCUUCACUUGGUUCACUGACCACUCCGAUGCUGGUGCUGAUGAAUUAGGAGAGGUCAUCAAGGAUGACAUCUGGCCAAAUCCAUUACAGUACUACUUGGUUCCUGAUAUGGAUGAUGAAGAAGGGGAAGGAGAGGAGGAUGAUGACGAUGAUGAAGAGGAGGAAGGAUUGGAAGAUAUUGAUGAAGAAGGAGAUGAAGAUGAGGGGGAGGAAGAUGAAGAUGAUGAUGAGGGAGAAGAAGGGGAGGAGGAUGAAGGAGAAGAUGACUAACUGAACACUGAUGGAUUCCAACCCUCCCCCCUUUUUACCUUUUUAAUUUUUUCUCCAGUCCCUGGGAGCAAGUUGCUGUCUUUUUUUUCUUGUGCUCAGUCGCCUUGUUCUCUUGAGGUCUCUUUUUCUCUCCUCUACACCAUGGUUCACAAUUUAUUUUGGGGGAAAUACUUUGAGCAGAAUACAGUGGGAAAAAAUCUCUACCAGUUUCUGUUCCGAGUUCAUUUUUAUCCCUUUCUGUCUCAAAACAAAAACUGUUUAUGGAAUCAACACACCAUGUUCUGUGGGAAAAAAGAAAACCUUCUGCUCCCUUCACUCUGCUGGAAGCUGAAGAGUGCUAGGCCCCUGUGUAGUAGUGCAUAGAAUCUAGCUUUUUUCCUUCUUUCUCUGUAUAUUGGGCUCAGAGAUUACACUGUGUCUCUAUGUGAAUAUGGACAGUUAGCAUUUACCAACAUGUAUCUGUCUACUUUCUCUUGUUUAAAAAAAUGAAAAAAAAAUAAAUAAAAAAAAUGGGGUAUAGAGGGUCAGCAAGGGUGGGUUUCAGAUGUUUGGGUGGGUUAAGUGGGCAUUUUGACAACAUGGCUUAUUCUCCUUUGGCAUGUUUAAUUGUGAUGUUUAACAAACAUCCUUGCAGUUUAAGAUGACACUUUUAAAAUAAAAUCUUCUCCUAAUGAUGACUUUGAGCCCUGCCACUUGAUGGAGAAUCAGCAGAACCUGUAGGAUCCUAUUUGGAAUUGACAUUCUCUAUUGUAAUUUUGUUCUUGUUUAUUUUUAAAAUCUUCUUUUUUUUUUUUUUUUGUUUCACUGGAAAGGAAAGAAAGAUGCUCAGUUUUAAACGUUAAAGUGUACAAGUUGCUUUGUUACAAUAAAACUAAAUGUGUACACAAA